GUCAGUGCGAGUAGUGCGAGCCAUUCCUGUAGGGAGUGCUCUGGAGAGUUGGUUGAUGCCAAGCACGCGUGUACGUCAUCGUACAGGGGGCGGGGCCUUCAGAACCCGGAAGCUGGAGACCCACGUGGGAGUCUGGGAGGCGGCUGCCUUGGCUCCGGUGUCAGGUUAUGGGCCGUCUUUGAGCGGGGACUUGGAGCAAUUUAUCCUGCGUGAGGUGACGAGGUGUAGGCGGCCAACGCGUCCUUUCCACCCGUCUGUUAGUGGAGUCCCGGGCACUACGGGAGCUAUGCGAUCCCUGUGGACGGUCAGAUGUUUCGGUCGCCCGAUUGCCCGCCAUUUCUCCCCGGUGGCGCGGCGCGGGGAGCGGCCUGGCGGGGAGGAGCUGAGCCGCCUGAUUCUAGAUGACCUGGCGCCGACUCAGCGGCUGGAACGUCUGUUUGGCCUGUCCCCGUGCCUCCUGGCCCUGCGGGCCGCCCGCCGGCACGUGGCCCGGCUCCUGCUCCAGGCCGGUAAGGCUGGGCUGCAGGGAGAGCGGGCCGAGUUGCUCCGGGUGGCCGAGGCUCGGGGCAUCCCUGUCCUGAGGCCCAGGAGGCAGAAACUGGACGCCUUGUGCGGCUAUCAGGUGCACCAGGGCGUCUGCAUGGAGGUGAGCUCUCUGCGGCCCCUGUCUUGCGAUGAGGCUGCAGAGGCGAGCCCAGACAACGACCCUCAGCAGCUGUGGCUCGUCCUUGAGGGGCUCCAGGAUCCCCGGAAUCUUGGGGCUGUGCUGCGCUCCGCUCACUUCCUCGGAGUAGACAGAGUCAUCACCAGCAGGAGAAACAGCUGCCCUCUUACUCCAGUAGUCAGCAAAGCCAGCGCCGGGGCUGUGGAGGUGAUGGACGUGUUCGCCACUCCUGACCUGGCCGGUUUUUUGCAGGUCAAGGCCAAGCAGGGCUGGCUCGUGGUGGGCACGGUGGGCUGCCCAGGGCCUGAGAUCUCCCAAUCUUCCAAGGUCCCUGUCACUAGCUGCUUAGAGUUUGUCUGGGACCGGCCUACUCUCCUUGUGCUGGGCAACGAGGGCUCUGGUCUGUCCCAGGAGGUUCUUGCCUCCUGUCAGCUGCUCCUCACUAUUCUGCCCAGGCGCCAGCUGCCUCCGGGUCUUGAGUCCUUGAAUGUCUCUGUGGCCACAGGAAUUCUCCUACACUCCAUUUGCAGCCAGAAGGAGAGAGGGCGACUUCUCCAAGACUCUUGAGAACCCUUGGCCACGCCUGAAGGACUCAAAGAGGCCCAGUACCCAGGACUGCCAUGGUGGUCAGAGAAACAGGCCAAAUGUGGGUCGACAUAG